UUGCACCUUGUCAACAACUAGCGGAAACAACAGAAUGGAUUAAAACACCUCCGCCAGCUUUUCUUCACUUAUCAAACUACGUUCUCCUUGCUUCUCUGUGGCCGUGGUUUUUUGGCUCUUGACUGUGUACCGUUGUCGUUUAUGAACUUGCUUUACCAAAGCUUUAUCGACACAGUUUCUUCAUAAAUAGAUACAGACACACUUUCCUUCUUUCUCGUCGUAGGUUUUGGUACUUUUUGGUUCACGUUUUUGCGGCAUUUUAUUAUUUUCUUACUGCUCUCAUUUGGCUCUCAACAUUUGGUCUUUCUCUCCAUUCGGCAAAACACACAAGACGUGGUGUCUUUCAUUCUUUUGUUUAUUUUUUAUUUUUUUUAUUUUUUUGGUUUUUCCUUUUUCGUCUUUUAUCUUUUCCUAGUUUUACUUUUUGUUUUUUAUUUUCAAUGUCUGGAAACGGAAACGGACACUUUAUCCCGGGUGUCCAUACGGUGGAAGAGAUUGAGCGCCAAUUUGUCAAUCUUGCUCUUCAGAAGAGGAACCAGGCUGCUGCUGCUGCUGCUGCUGCCGCUGAACGCGAAUUAGACCCUGUAACUUGCUUCCUUCUCAGCACGUACGAUGAUGUCCGCGUGUCUGACGACGAACUGCGGGAAAAAGAUGCGAUCAUGAACUUGCUGAAGCACGUUGUUCACAGUGUUCGACCAGAGGCCGACAUCGUCGCUUUUGGCAGCAUCCAGUCUGGCCUCGCACUCAAAAAUUCCGACAUUGAUGCUUGUAUCCUACUACCCGACAUUGGCGAGGAGAUGGAAGAAUUUGCCUCUGAGUGUUUCGAACGGUUUACCGCGCUCGGUUUCGAGGGAAAGUAUCUUCGCAAGGCGCGAAUUCCCAUCAUCAAGCUCUUGUCUGACACGAAAAAUCGCUACUACUACGGUUUUCAGUGCGACAUCGGAUUCAAUAACCAGUUGGCUAUAUACAACACCUCUCUCCUGCAUCAGUACUCGUUGAUUGAUCCCCGGUGCAAACAGUUAGCCAUCCUUGUAAAGUAUUGGGCCAAGCAAAAGCGCAUCAACUCGCCAUACUACGGCACCCUGUCGAGUUACGGCUAUGUGUUGAUGGUGCUGUUCUAUCUCAUCCAUGUAGUCCGCCCAGCAGUGUUGCCAAAUUUGCAGGACUCUCCUCACAAGCAGGACUUAUACGUUGAGGGCUUUAAUGUUGGAUUUGUUCGUGGUACUACGGUUGCGCGGCGGAAUACAGAAUCGUUACCACAAUUGCUGGCGGGAUUCUAUGGUUUUUUCGCACACGAAUUCAAUUACCGGGAGUCUGUUAUUUCUAUUCGUCAGCCAGGUGGGCUGUUAAAAAAGGUCGACAAGGAUUGGACCUUGGCCAAAGAGCACACUGGUUCGGCCGACCAAGUGAUCAAGGAUCGCUACGUACUAGCUAUUGAAGAUCCCUUUGAAAUUACACACAAUGUUGGCCGCACAGUUAGCAAGGCAGGACUUUUCGAAAUUAGAGGCGAGUUUAUGCAAGCAACACGGUUAUUGAAUGCCGCAACUCUUCAUAGCACUUCAGCCAUUCGCAAACUGAGGGCCUCUUUGUUUAAAGAGCGGCUCGAGCCCAAAUCCCACCUGAAGUAUCAGAAGGCUCUUCGACAAAAGCGGAUGGGAACAGAGGGAAAGGCAGCGGCUGAGGGGAAGACAAACAACCCAACAGCUGCAUCGGGCUCUGAUUCUGCACCCUCUGAGAGUGCAUCACGAACUGCCACCGUCGAGUCCAGAGAACCGUAACUCACUUCGACAAACUUUUUAGACAGCAGCAGGGUAGCUAAACCCUAGACUUUCAAGACAAAAACUCUCUACACGAUAUAACAAUACCCGUUCUAUGAUUCUUACAGCUACGACUCGUACAAGAACACUUUUGUUUUUGCUAUUUUCCAAAAACCGAACAAAAAAAAAUACAUAUAUAUGUAUCUAUAUACAAAACACAGCAGCAUUUAAAAGAGAUUGUUUGUGCGAACGGCUUCUUUCAUGCACAACUUGCAUGCGUUGUUACGUACAAACCUAUCUCAAAAUUAAUAGAGUAAUUCAUUUCUUUUGAUAAAACAUUGUUGACAUUCAUUGGACUUCAAAAGCCAAGAUUUGUACUGCA